UUCCGCAGGCUCGGACCGGGGAAAGUUGUUUCCUGAAGUUGUCACUGCGAUCAUUUCCAAACCAAACCCUGCUGCUGCUGCACAAUGACUCCGACACGUUCAUCUGCCUCUUAAAACACGUGUUUCUCUUUUUUAUUUCAUUGUUAUUAUUAUUAUUGUUAUUAAGUUUGAGCUCCGACAGAACGAGGAGAUGAUGAGUUCAAAGACUGAAGACACAGAUACCAGCCUGAAGGCCCAGCUAGCCGAGUACCGAGCUCAGGCCGAACACUGGCAGGGUGUGGCGACGAUCUGUGAGCUGAGCAAACAGGAGGAACUGGCAGAGCUGCAAAAACAAUGUGAUCAAGAGAUCCAGUCCCUGCAGGAGGCUCUCAGAGAGACGGCAGCUCAGUAUGAGGCCCGGAUAUCUGUCCUUCAGUCUCAGCCUUCGGAGUGGAGGAGAGCCAGUGGACAGAACGUGUUCAGUGGAAGGAGAGGCAGGAUGGACGUAGAAGUCUCCAGUAAUGAAUCCCCCACGUCGAUCACCAACAGCCCGACGGAGGCCGAGUUGUCGACGGACAGGAGGCACAACCAAGCAGCAGAGCUGGAGGCGGUGGCCGAGGGAGAAGGGGUUCCUCUCUCAGCGGAGGCGUAUUUCUCACUGCGGCACUGCGACUCGGCCUCGCUGUCCUCCUUCUCCUUAGACACGCCCUCUCUGCCCAGAAAACUCCACGCUCAGGAGGACACCGACUCUCUGGUCUCCACGGGAACUUUGGUGCCUGAAGCCAUCUACCUGCCGCCGGCCGGACACCGGCUGGUCACCCACGGCGACUGGGACGCGCUCAAUAAUCAGGUGUCGGAGCUGCGAGGGGAGGUGAGUCGGCUUCAGGCUGAAAAAGACGACCUAGAGAGGGAGCUGGACACACAGACCAACCACACACACAAACAGGUAUCAAUGCUCCAGUGUCAGGUCCACACUUCAGAGGCCCUCCUGCAGGAUUUGCAGAAAUCUUUCAGCCAAUCACAGAAUGCCGUCCAGAGUCGGCUGGCGGAGUUGUCCUUCUCCCAGAGGAAGGUGUGCAGUGAGCUGUCCAGACUGAAAGGAGAGGAGGUCGAGGAUGAGGGACCAGACUCCAGCUCAUCAUUCCCAGCAACACUGCAGGGGGCGCACUCUGAGGAGCGUCUUCGCAUCGAGAUUGUCAACCUGAGGGAUCAGCUGGACACCCGGACGGAGGAGAACGAAGUUUUAGAAGUUCAGCUGUCCAGUCUGAAGACGGAGACGGAGAGGAUCCAGAGUCAGAAGGACCAGUUGCAGGCUGAACUGCUGGCCUGCCGCACUGAACUGGAAGCCCUGCGGGUGGCGCUGUCUCAUGUGCAGAGCACCAACAAGACCCUCAGUAAUGACAAAGCGUCGCUGCACCAACAGUGUCUGGAGCUCCGUAGCCAAGCGAUCAGUCUGCGCUCUCAGGUCGACACCAUCCAGACGGUCCAGAGGGAUUUCGUCCAGCUCUCCCAGUCGCUGCAGGUGAAGCUGGAGGUCAUUCGACAGGCUGAGAGUCUUGAACAAGUCCGUGAAAUCCUGGAGGAGGGAGUCAGUGAAGCUAGUUCUCUGCCUGCAGACGCUUCAUGAGUUAUAGAUAUAUAUUUAUAUAUUAUGGAACCAAAGAGCAGAGACCAAGAUUCAACUUCUCCAAUAAGGACCAACUAACCAGGUGAAACACUGUCGGGACCCCUGGUGUUUAUCACAGCUGGUGCUGCUUACACUCCUAACAUGGGAUGUCCCUACAGAGACAUUAUUUCUGUGUUUUGAGGUGAUGGUUCGGUGACGACGACUGAAACUGUUGCUUUGCUACCAAAGUGAUGAUGAACCAUGAAUGCUUUGGGUAAAGAAUAUUCACAUUCCUUCUUUCUUACAUCCAGUAACACGUUUAUUCCUCUACUUAUACACAUGUUAAUAUAUACUGUUAAACUGACAUGACUCCGGGAAAACACUCGAUAUUUCACUGUUUCUCUAAUUGAUAUUCAAACCACGCGAUCAUUCCCCAAUGCAAACAUUUCUUUGUGUCUUCUUUGUGAAGGAGGGCCUCUCAAAGCAACGGAUCACAGUGCAAUAAUGAAUAAUAGUGACACGAAGCAGAAACUCUCCUAAAUGAACUGCAUUUCAGACAAGUUUUUUAUCAAAUGCAUUAAUUUGUUGUCUUUUUAUUUUAGCUCAUCAUUGUUAACUAAUCUUGUUCGUGCCACAACCGCUAAGCUAAUUAUCGACUGUGGAUUUGAACAGAAGUUAAGAAAAACUCUAUGAAGAAAAAUGUGAAUGUGUUACAUCCUGUCACUUUGUUCUGUGUUAAUACAUAUUGAAAAGUAAAGAUAAGCUGUCAGAAUCUUUUCUUCAACCUUUGAGUUCAUAUUCAGACACUUUGAUUAAG